GGGCGUGGUCUCGGAGUGGAGCGGUUGGGCUUCUCUUCUGCAGAUAGACGCGGGAAUUCCUCGCUGUUUACUUGCUUCAUACCGCGGUAAACCCCACUCUGCCGGAGUUUUAUCGAGCUGAUAUGCCUUUCGGUAAAGUUAUUGUUGCAGUGUUCACUUGCUUCACAUUUAACAGAGACCUUCACGUGCAGUAGCAGCUGCCGUGCAUUUUUUCCACGGUUUACCCUGGCAGGACUGCAGCCAGUCCUGCCAACCCAGUUGCCUCCACUUGACAGAAAAGUACUUCGUACUGUUUGGUGUUUUGGACUGUCACCUGACCCUUCGUCUUCACCGUGACCCCAGUCUCCGGUACGCAGCGUGCCAAAGGACAUGACAGAACCUCCAGAAGAACUCACCAACCGGCCCUUCGCGGUCCAACUCAGCAAUGUUUACCUCAGCAUCUUGGCCUUGUUCUGCUUCAAGCUCUUUGUUAAAAUAUCCCUGAACUUGCUCACAUACUUCUACAUCGUCCGGGGUAAUCGCAAGGAGGCAGCUAGGAUAUCUGCCGAGUUUUAUGACUAUGGACAGCAGCACCGCUCGUGGGCAGACCGUUCACCUCUCCACGAUGCAGCAGCUCAAGGCCGUCUACUUGCUCUUAAAACUUUAAUUGUCCAGGGCCACAAUGUAAAUGUCCUGACCAUAGACCAUGUGACCCCACUACAUGAGGCUUGUCUGGGGGACCAUGUCGCCUGUGCCAGGGCCCUCAUUGAUGCUGGGGCCAAUGUAAAUGCAUCCACAAUGGAUGGAGUCACACCCCUGUUUAACGCCUGCUCAGUGGGCAGUGUGACGUGUGCAGAGCUGCUGUUAGAGAAUGGAGCCAGACCACAGACACUGGUGUACCAGCCCUCACCCAUACACGAGGCCACUAGUAGAGGACAUUACGGCUGUGUGGAAGCCCUGGUGACGUGGGGGGCAGACGUAGACAUGGACAUCCCUCAUCUGGGCACGGCGCUCUACACGGCCUGCAUGUGCCAAGAGCUGGAGUGUGCCCGCAAACUGCUCAGGGAAGGUGCAAACGUGCAGAAGGGCAGGUGUCAGGAUUCGCCCUUACAUGCGGCUGCAGAGAAGGACUGCACACCAGUGGUCAAACUCCUUCUGGACUUUGGGGCCGACAUAAAUGCAAGGAACACAGACUAUCAACGACCUGUGGAUGUGGCCCCUCCCAGCAGCCUGACUGAGGGCUUUCUGUUGCUCUAUGAAGCCACUCCGCGCCUGCUGAGUCAGAUGUGUCGUCAGUGUAUCCGGGGCUGUGUGGGGCGGGACAGGCUGCACCUCCUGUCUCAUCUGCCCCUCCCCAGCAGACUGCACCGGUACCUGCAGUACCAGUGACACACCCACAGCCUCUUCCUCUGCUCCUCCAUGUGGACUGUAUAUGAACGCAAAGAUGACACAAAGAGCUGCUAGUUUGAAUAAUGGACAGCAAGUCAAUUGCUGUGGUUUAAUGCCGCGUCCCAGUCAUUCUCGGAGGUUGGAUUUUCAGAGUUCCCACUUGGAUUUUCAGAGUUCCCGCUUGUACAUAAGAUCCGUAACGCCUGGCAAUCUCCAAUUUCUAAUGAGAAAGUCAGAACAUUUCAGAGUCCGAGUGAGAAAAUCCAACAUGGCUCUGCCCUACAUUUAGUGAAAAUUAAAAACCCGACAUAUUAAAUAUUUAUAGUACUUUAGCUGUAGUUGGUCACCCGCUUUUGUGCUCCUGCGCAUCUGUUAUAACUGAAUCUGCAGUUAUAAAUGGGCUGUUAUGCUAAUUUUGCUAAUGUGUACGCGGAACUAAUGUUAACAAAAGCAGAAAUCCACUUUCAAAUGUUGCUUUAUUAAGUGUUUAUGUAGUAGUAAUGUCUGGGUUACUAAAUUAACUUAAUUGGAUCAGUAUUUUGGCAGAUUUUUGGCACUUUCCUUUUUAUUAUUUUAUUUAAUCAUGUUAACAAGAUGACAUUUGGAAUGCCCCAUGUUUAUCUCGGAGAUUACGUCAAUCCGAGUUCUGACCUCCGAGGGUGACAGGAACGCAGCAUAAAUAAGACUCUUGUUGAUCACCCAAUAUAUGGCUGCCAAAGGGAAUAUUUAUCUGUAGUGAAGAUUUACCAAUUGUGCCCUUAUUGCUAGACUUGAUUUAAGGUGUUUCAAACUGGUUUUCAUAAAGAUAUUUUCAAAUAAAUAUAUCUUUAUUACAUGAAUACAUAUCGCUAUCAAAUGUGCACUAUGUAUUUUUUUUUGUAUGGGUUCUGUCACAUGGAAAUGUUAUUACUUUUUCUGAAUGCUCUACAGUAUGGAUGUAAAGUUGUAUAUUUUGUAUUUAUUUGUUUAAAAGUGUUUUCAUUGCCACAAUACAGCCUAAAAUGCCAAUUUGUGAAACAUCAUAGCAAUGCAAUCUCCAUACAAGUAGGUGGUCCACGAUUAACGUGACAAAGUAUGCCUUUAAGUAAUUUUAAUUUUAAUAUCCAUGUUUUGUUAUUUAAAAGGUAUGCACUUUGACUCUACAGGUUAUAACACUUACAGCAUAUCUACACCAUAAAAUGUUUUGUUAAAGAAACCAUAUGUGCAUAUAAAAUAAUGUCAGUGAUAAUUCUUCCAAAUAGUUAUUCAUACUUUGCAGCUGAUGGCAUCAACAUUCUCUGGUGGUCUGAAGCUAAUUGUGGGGCUUUAAUCUGAGCUUUAUUUUAAUACAGUCUGACCAGAAAGAGCUUAGGUGGAACUACAAUAGGUGAGAAAAUUUGUGCUGCGAAAAUAAGUCUUUCACACAUAAAUUUAGUCACAAGCUUUUCAGUUAGGCACUUUUGAAAAUGAGUUGUUUAAAUAAAUUUGUAUUUUUUCUGG